AUGCUUAAAGUCGGGACUUGUGGAUUUAAAUCCAUUUCACAAAGAGCUUUAUCUUUGUCUGCUGCUAGUGCUUGCGCUAAGAAAGGAAAUAUUUCCGAUUAUAAAGUUAUUGACCACACAUUUGAUGCCGUUGUUGUUGGUGCUGGAGGUGCUGGACUUAGGGCUGCUAUGGGCCUUGCUGAAGGUGGCAUGAAAACUGCAGUCAUUACAAAAUUAUUCCCUACUCGUUCUCAUACUGUUGCUGCACAAGGUGGAAUUAAUGCUGCUCUUGGAAAUAUGAAUAAAGAUGAUUGGAGAUGGCAUUUUUAUGAUACCGUAAAAGGAUCUGAUUGGUUAGGUGAUCAAGAUGCUAUUCAUUAUAUGACAAGAGAAGCUCCAAGAGCUGUUAUUGAACUUGAAAAUUAUGGUAUGCCUUUUUCAAGAACUGAAGAUGGUAAAAUUUAUCAAAGAGCAUUUGGUGGACAAUCAAAUGAUUUUGGAAGAGGUGGUCAAGCUCAUAGAACAUGUUGCGUUGCCGACAGAACUGGACAUUCACUUUUACAUACACUUUAUGGAGCUUCACUUCAAUAUGAUUGUAAAUAUUUUAUUGAAUACUUUGCCCUUGACUUAAUUAUGGAUAAAGGAGAAUGUGUUGGUGUUAUUGCAAUGGAUUUAGAAGAUGGAAGUAUUCAUAGAUUUAAUGCUAAAAAUACAGUUCUUGCUACAGGAGGUUAUGGUCGUGCUUAUUUCAGUUGUACAUCAGCUCAUACAUGUACUGGAGAUGGUACUGCUAUGGUUGCUAGAGCUGGUUUAGCUAACUCUGAUAUGGAAUUUGUUCAAUUCCACCCAACUGGAAUUUAUGGAGCUGGUUGUUUAAUGACAGAAGGAUGUCGUGGUGAAGGUGGUUUCUUAGUUAACUCUGAAGGUGAACGUUUUAUGGAAAGAUAUGCUCCAGUAGCUAAGGAUUUAGCUUCUCGUGACGUUGUAUCUAGAUCUAUGACAAUUGAAAUUAUGGAAGGAAGAGGUGUUGGACCAGAAAAAGAUCAUAUUUAUCUUCAAUUACAUCAUCUUCCUGCUGAACAUUUGGCUCAACGUCUUCCAGGUAUUUCUGAGACAGCUAAAAUUUUUGCUGGAGUUGAUGUUACCAAAGAACCAAUACCUGUUCUUCCAACUGUUCAUUAUAAUAUGGGUGGUACACCAACAAAUUACAAAGGACAAGUUAUAACAUACACAGAAGAAGGUGGAGACAAAAUUGUUCCUGGAUUAUAUGCAGCUGGUGAAUGUGCAGCACACUCUGUACAUGGAGCUAAUCGUCUUGGUGCUAAUUCUCUUCUUGAUUUAGUUAUCUUUGGACGUGCAUGUGCUUUAGAUAUUCUUUCCAAAAAUAAACCCGGUGAUUCAAUUAAACCAUUACCAAAAAAUGCUGGUGAAGAGACAAUUCAAAGAGUAGAUUCUGCACGUCAUGCAAAUGGUGAUAUUUCUACAGCUGAACUUAGAUUAAAUAUGCAAAAGACAAUGCAAGGUCAUGCUGCUGUCUUUAGAAGAGGUGAUAUUCUUAAGAAGGGUUGUGAUAAAAUUGCUGAAUUAUAUAAACAACAAAAAAAUAUUAAAGUUACUGAUAGAGGUCUUAUUUGGAACAGUGAUCUUAUUGAGACAUUGGAACUUCAAAAUCUUCUUAUUAAUGCUCAACAAACAAUUGUUGCUGCAGAAAAUAGAAAAGAAUCAAGAGGAGCUCAUGCCCGUGAUGACUAUCCAACUCGUCUUGACGAAAUGGACUACUCAAAAGAUACAUCAAAUCAAACUCCAAAACCAAUUACUGAGCAUUGGCGUAAGCACUCAAUUAUCACUCAAAAUACAGAAACCGGUGAUGUAAAACUUGCAUACAGACCGGUAAUUGAUAUCACACUUGACAAAAGUGAAACAGAUUGGGUUCCACCAAAAGUCAGAUCAUAUUAG